AUGGCAGACCGCCUUUCUAGUCCCCCGAAGUACGGAAUGUCGACUUCUACAUACGCACAGGGUUACAAGCAACGCAAUGACACCAGAAUUCGACGUCAGAAAGUACUAAGAGCUUGUGACAGGUGCCGAACAAGAAAGACCAAGUGCGAUGCUGGAUACACAACCUGUAGACGGUGCCAGCGCGAUGGCUUUGUCUGCACUACUGGAUUCACCACAAAGAAUCCUUAUAGGCAGCUUCCGCCCGGGUAUACAGAAGUAUAUAAGAAAACGCACUCUGUUCUCGAAGCUACUGUCAAAAGGCUUUACCUUAUGGUGCGCAAUGGAGACACUUGGGACUUUGAUGAACCUAAUUUGGACAAUUGUGGUGAGGUCAUAGUUCACGAUAUUAUCCAUAAACUAGGCUACUCGCAACCACGCAUCGAAGCCAGGCCUCCAACACCCCUUAUGGAUUUAGAAGAUGACGAGAAUUCGGAAGAUACUGCAAGCGAACACGGAGAGGAAAUUGCAGAUCAAGUUCCCAAGGAGGAGGUCGUGGUUCCGGAAACCGGGCUACCCACGCCUUGCCGAGAUGAGCAAUCGCCACCGGAACAGUGUCUCGAUAACUGUGAGGAUGAUUCGCAGACAUCCAUUGAUCACAGUGUUGGUAGUGACACUCUCAGCACUUUAGCACAGCAGUGGGCCAAUGGUUUCUAUGCCGACUUCUCGACGCCAAUCUGGGGCGCAGAUAUGAUGGCUGUGAAUUGGCCGCAAUCAGACUUGAUAUCCAAGGUCACUCGCGAGACUAUAUCAUCUGACAUACCACUGCUAUUCCAACCAGCAGGCUUCAAUAUGUGUGGAAGAAUGGAUGGACUCAACUAUUUCUGA